GCGGUUCCACAAGAGGCCUUGGACAUUGCAGCUCAAUGACAUCGCCUGGUUCAACCAUAAGUAAGGAAGAUACGGAUGUUGGAGACAUAGAUAUAUUUGACGCCGCGACGUCGAAAAAGAUACACGAAGAGCACCAGAGAGACAUGGAAGAUGCGGCGAAAGCUAUCGGCCCGCGAGGGAUGGCUCUCAUCAGGGGGCUUGAGAGACAAACGAUGACGGCGACAACAAGAAUAACCCAGUCGUUGACGGCGGGAUCAUUGCACGGAGGGCGAUUGUUGAGGAAGCUAACCCCGGCGACUUCCUUCUUCUCCAGAAAAAAAACGCCAGCACCGACACCAGCAGCAGAACCCGUAGCGGGACCAAAGCCGGCAGCAGCACCGGCACCAACAGCACCAACACUAGAACAACUCCUACUAGCAGAACUUCACAUGGCAACGAACGCUCAAUCCUCCAGCAACGCAACCCUCGAACCGCCACCUACAGUUGCCGAGAGCGGGAGCCCUGAAACAGCAGCGCCGACCGAGACCCCAUCUGAGGAGCCUUCUGCCGCCGACGAUGUCGAUGUAGGAAGGAAACCUCCCCCGGUACCUGCAUCAGAGACGGCGGCGGCAGGAGAACCAGAGCCGGCGAGACGGUUAGAUGCAGAGGGCAAGGGGUCAGUCGAAACGGCGAGAUUUACCUCGCGCGAGUCUGCGGAGCCCGCUCCGUCGCCACCGGCCGCCGCGCCGACGGAAGACGCAGGUUCUGAAGCGGUGCUCCCGGAGUUGAAGAUCGUAUCCUUCGACGUUCGAGAACCGACUCUCGGUGCUUCCGUGGUCGGGCACGUCGUAGUCUUGGCGGGCUCCUGCUACGUGUGGGCGACGACGGAAGGCUCGGUGGCUCAGGGCUCGUUGGCUGCGGCCGUGGGGACCCGUUUCGACGGAGGCAUGCCGACGGCUACGCCGCUGCUGGCGGGGGAAGGGGCCGGGGAGGCCGGCGAAGGAGGGGUAGGCGUGAGCAUGGCGCAGCGGCUGUGCAAGCGCACCGGGAGGGUGGUGUUCGUGAGCUGCGACUUGUCGGAGGACUCGCAGAUCCUGGUAGCUGCUGUCGAGGCUAAGGUGGUCGCUCUCUUGAAAGCCGAGGAUUGAUUGGUGCCCUGUGUGCGGGGACGUAUAAUGCUGGUGCCGGGUGCCGCCCGCUUCUUGUGCUAGAGAUAUAGACGGUAAAAAAACGACAUGGGUUGGCCAUGCCUUUUGUCUGUCGGGGCCGUGGUGUUCACUGCUUGCUGUUUUCCUUGGCACCCUCUUGUGAAUAUUGUCAAUUGUCAGAAGCAGAGGCGCCAUCGACGCCACGUUUUUGUCCGUGGUCUGCGGGUUUGUUGUCCUAGGGUAACGACGACAAUGCCCAGGAAGAGCGUCGUGCUGUCGUCUGAUUCGGCAGACGCGAAACUCAACGCACGCCUUUGUAGACAGCUGCUUACACAGGUUUGUAUUUGUUGUCUUUUUGGUUCGGUGUGGUUCGCUUGGGCCUUAGACGUCAGCUGUGCGGACUGUCCGAGCGUGGGAUGAUUCACUAGUGGCACAGUUGGAGAAUGCCCGGAGGUUUUCCCUAGCCACCAAAGAAUGUCUUGAGCUUUGUACCAGAAGUGUGCGCUAGCAACAGGCAGCGCGGUGUUGCGAAAACGG